CCUGCGGAGCGCUGAUAACGCGCGCGGGGUGAACGAUAUCACAUCAGACAACGGCACCUAUUCACUCCUAUCGCGCGACAACCACCGCUACGCGUGGAGUCCUGAGUGAAAACCGAUCUGUGGAAAAUUGGAGAGGAAAUAGUCUUCCCGGGAUCAGCGUGGCCGUAUAGAAUUACGGUGGAAGCCCCUCCCCCUGUCUGGCUCGCUCUUUUUUUCUCAACCUCUCGGUUGGCUUUCCGAGAGGGCUCGAUCCCACUCACGCUCAGAGCGCUGAGAAAUAGCAGGCAGAAGAUGGCUGACUCUACCGGGCACGGUGAGCCCACAGCAGCAGCAGCAUCAACUUCACCGGGGCUUCUCACGCGCCUGCCAUUCGCUGCCACUCCGCAACUCUGAAACGGCCCCGCCUCGCUCCGGGCCCCAAAUAUUGACAGAGAUUUAAAGAAAACAUGGCUGAGAUGGAGAAAGAGGGAAGACCUCCGGAAAACAAGAGGAGCAGAAAGCCAGCUCACCCCGUGAAGAGAGAAAUUAACGCAGAGAUGAAGGUCCCGUCCAAUCGGUCCCUCCCAGGGGCGGGGCAGGCAGGCAAUCUCCAUGGCAACUCGCCCUACUUGAUGAGUUUUGCCGAAAACACCAUGAAUGAGUUGCUUGGAUGGUACGGGUAUGACAAAGUGGAGUUACGAGACUCAGAUGACAUAGAGAUCCGCAACUACCCUGACGGAGAAAUGCGGCAACACGUCUCUGUCCUGAAAGAGAACUCUUUGCCAAAAGCAUCCACAGUGGAGAACAGUAGUGGUUCUCCUCCACACGCCAACAGCUCUGGCUCUACUCCGACAUCACGGAAUGGAGUGAUAGCCGAGGCGUCUGCAAACCCCUCCUCCUCUAAGGAGCACGGAGGCCUGCCAAUCAUAGUGCCCUUAAUCCCGCCCCCUCUGAUCAAAGCACCAGCAGAGGAGGACACCUCUAAUGUUCAGAUAAUGUGUGCGUGGUGUCAGAAGGUGGGAGUGAAGCGUUAUGCUCUCAGUAUGGGCUCUGAAUUGAAGAGUUUCUGUAGUGAAAAAUGCUUCGCUGCAUGUCGACGUGCCUACUUCAAACGCAACAAGCUUGGAUAUGUGAGGAAUUGCAGUGCCAGAGAGGAGGAGGGCGUUCCACACCACAGCUUGUCCAAAGAUACGCCCAGACUUGUCCUCAAGACAAACAGCGAUGUGCUUGUCUGCGAUUGGUGCAAACACAUCCGCCACACUAAGGAGUACCUGGAUUUUGGAGCGGGUGAAAGACGGCUCCAGUUCUGCAGUGCAAAGUGUCUGAACCAGUAUAAGAUGGACAUAUUCUAUAAAGAGACUCAGGCCGCACUGCCAGGGAGUUUAUGUAACCCUCCUCUCCCCACGAGUGAUACGAUAUCGGAGAGCACAGCGGGUGUACAGCUCCUUACACCCGAGUCCUGGAGCGCACCUCUAAAUGAGCUCCGCAGUCGCAAGGCACCUUCACCAGGGGGUGCCACCACUGUAGCGGGACCUUCUGGGUCCACCUCGGGGUCGCCAUCUGAAACUGGAACUGUGUGUUCCUCCUCGUCCUCAUCAUCCUCGUCAUCAUCAUCUACGAAAAUCCCCACACCGCGGCUGCAUGAAAGCCCUGCAUUACCGCCACCUCCUCCUCCACCACCGAUAGCAGGUUUACAUCCAGCUCUGGGUGUGCCGCCUAGCAGCCCGCCGAUGGUGAUGACACCGCGUGGCCCAGUUCCUCUCCCUCUCUUUAUGGAGCACCAGAUGAUGCAGCAGAUUCGCCCUCCGUUCCUACGUCCCCCAGGCCCCAACAGCCCUCAUUCCAAUCCCAUGAUUCCUGGCAUUGGGCCACCACUUCCUCCUCGGACUUUGGGUCCUCCAUCAAGCCCUAUGUACCGCCCGCUCUUUUCCCCCCACAUGCACCCAUCCUCCACCCCAAACCUCCCUGGGAACCCUCCGGGUAUGAUGCCACAUCCCGGUGGCCACAUGCCAGCCUUGCCUUUCCCCCCAGUUAACAUGAUGCCAGCUGGACCCAUCCCAGUUCCACCCAUUAUGAAUAUUGGCAUACCUUCUUUAGCCCCCCUAGUGCCACCACCAACAUUAUUAGUGCCCUAUCCAGUGAUUGUGCCAUUACCGGUCCCCAUACCCAUUCCAGUGCCCAUACCCUUCAGUCCGCAGGCUUCUGGUGACCGACCAGGAAAUGAUGGAACACUUCUGAAUGCUGCAAGUGAGCAGAGUGCUUCAAAAGCACCACCAUCAUUUUCUCAAAGCACCUCCAGAGGGGAGGGGAGGGACUUUCAGCAAGCCCCUCCCACCUCAGAUACAUUUUCGCCAGGAUUUUCCAAACAGAUGGAGCAGGGCAUGGCAAACGUGGCAGAGCUCAUGGUUAAAACAGAAAACUCUGGUAACGGAAGCUCUGGACACUCCCAGAAAGACACACCAGCAGAUGGAGUCAUUGAUUUAACAACAUGUCGUCGUUCCCGGCAACAGCUAGUUAUACAGAGGCUUGUAACCUGUGUGCAGGUAAAAGCAGAGCCCGGGUUAAGCCCACCACCUGCAGUUUUGGGUGAAACUGAGGUGGAUGGGUCAGCUAGUACUAGUACAGGUAAAAUAGAAGAUAACCACAGAGACAGUAAUGAUGAAAGCCCAUUGGCUAGCGUGGCUCUGCCUUGUGCCGACCCGUCCUACUGCAGCGGCACACCGCCACUUUCUCAUCCAAUCACAUGCAGUGAUACAGCUAAAUCUGAGCCUGGCUCUGCUACACCCUGCAAUGUGAUUGUUAAUGGGAGCUGUAAUGUGCCUCCAGCAGAGAGUUCGAUCAGAACACCUCUGUUAGAGCAGCGCCCUCUAGUGGACCCCUGCCGCAGAACUGCCGCUGUAUGCUGCGAGCCUGCGGGGGCUGAUCUAGAAGGAGAGGACCUGAAAGAGAACAGCUGCUUAGCAACAGAAAGAGACUCAGCAGGUAAGAGAAGCUCAAAUGACCAGUCUGCCAUUACCGCAGUAACAGGGGAGGACAAACCUCAGAGCCCUGAAGAUGCCCCAUCUGGUGAGGACCAUGCCUACGCCCUGCCCAUAAUGCCCAAACCUGGCUGUGUCAUUCAGCCCGUGCCCAAACCUGCUGACAAAACCGCUGCCAUUUUACCCUGUGGCUUGACAGCACCAUUAACAGGAACCGUUCCAAUGGAAAUGGAGCCUCCACUGAAGAGAAGGUGUCUGCGUAUCCGCAAUCAGAACAAGUGAAACAGAGGACAGAAAUCACCAUCUCACCAAAGGGAUAAAGAGACCUGCACUGCAGCAGAGACCAUCAGCUGUCCACAGACUUCAUCCACAAUCCAGCCAAUCAAGAUGUCAACCUUGUUUUCUCCACUUUUCCAAACACGCACAUACACGUUGCGACAAUAUGCACACAGAUCAUCCGGAUUUGGCAGCAGUCUGCUCCAUCUCCACCCCUUUCGGCUAAACAAAGACUGACACAAACCGUUAAUCUGGGAAUGUAGAUCGGACGUGAUGUUUGACCUUCAACUGCGAUAUCUUCAGGCAAAGUCUGUUCUCAGUCUACUAGUUGAUGGAAGAGAUAUUUCUCAUCCUCUCCACUCGACCUGUCUAUCCACGGCUUGUUGAGAGGAGUUUCCCCUACUGUUUGGAGGCGGCAUUACAGUGUACAUAUACAGAUUUCCAAAAAGGCGGAGCUUAAGUCAAACACAAUAGAUCUGCCAGGCUGCCUAUCAAACACGCUCAUGAAUAACUAUAAUUUGGAACAGGGCCAGUCAAAUCCUGCCACAGAUGGAUGGACCAGUUUUGUGCUUUGUGUGUGCAUUCAAAGAAGCUUGGUUUAAUCUGUCUGGAUACGUUUGGAUGCUUCUGAUUCAAUAGUUUCAGUCAGAAAGACUAAUACAGAUGCAGAGUUGCUCUAAAACUCUGAAUACUCUCUCCUCUCAAAUCUUUCUCCCCCUCACUUCCUCUGACUAUAUGUAUCAGUAUCUGCAACACCAGCAAAACACUCUGUACUCUUUCUUAACCUCUUUCCUUUCUCUCCUUUCUGAGGGAGAGGUGUUCUGGAACCGGACACCAAAAAAGACAGGAAGAGAGAAACGUACACACACUCUUUAGGGAGUACAAAAACAGAAGGAUGGAGUGAACUUUCAUUUCAUCCCUGGAAAGAAACUGGAAACUCAUCUAUCGUUGGAGAAGAUAACUAGAAGAUAAGUAGUCUGCACUACUGGAGAGAAGUGUUUGUGGUUGGUUUGCUGGUUUAUAGUGCAAUUAAAAUUCAUUCACUCAAUGAUUUGAUUGAGGAUUACAGGGUACAGGCCUCACCAAGCAUUUUGGCGAACUGUUAAAAUGGCUGCUAGUUUUGCAGCCAUUGGCUUGGAGACUGUCCCAUCCAGUCUGUUCAGUCACAAGCACUCAUUGCCACGGCGUACGGCUCAGCGAAGAGUCGGUCUAACACUGCUGGUGGGUUGUGUACACACUGUCCUGAUGUAUCAGAUGGCUUAGAUGGAAAUCAGUGUCCACAGGGGCAUUUGGGUUGGAUUUCUCAUUAUUUAUAUCAGUAUCCAUCUUAUUGCAGUGCUCCUAUUUAAGAAAAAUCUAUCAAGAGUACUAUCAAAACCAGUGGAGAGGUCAGUAAGCAUCUCGGGCAGCUGCGAGCUGGUGUCAAGGGUACAUUCUUGAGGUUUUUUUUAUGCUUUAGUUUUUCGCCAAAUCCCAGUCAGUGCUAAAUUAUGUUCAUCACUUCCUUUCCAGCUACGGUUACAUGAACAGUUUCAGUUAGUUCCAAGGUGCCUCAGUAUAGCAUUCACUUACACAAGAUGCCAAGAACAUUUAGCUUAAAGGUAGACUGGGUUGGUUAGGUGGACACCGAGCCAAAAUGAUUUUAGUUACACAGAGUACUGUAAGAGCUGAAUGCAUGGUUAGCACCUGGGUGCAUAGGUUAUUUGUUUUGACUAAAGUGGAGGAGUGAACCUUAAAGCCAAGCGUGUGCGUGUUUGUGUGUGUUUAAUUGGGAGGUGUAUCCGAUUUCUGGCCAAAAUGGAGUUCAGUUUGACAAAACAUUCAAGUUUGCCAAUUUAUUUUGGGAGAAGGUCUAAAAUUCGAGUCAAAAAUUUGUCAAGCAAUGUGUCGGACAUCACAAGGGGGAUGAAAAAAAAUACACAAAUCAAAAAUACGCAUGAUUUGAUAAUAUCGAUGAAUACAAAAGUUUCAGUCAUAUAUGGAAAAAAAAGGAAAUAAAUGAAACAUUUUCAUUUAAACAAUUUCAUUAGAACAGAAUUUCAGAUCAGAGAUUCUUUGUUUUACUUUUUUUUUUUUGCUUGUUUUCUUUACUUAAGUCACUUUGAUAUACUUUUUUAUUUUUGUUGUUUUUAUUUACUUUUUAAUUGUUUAUUUUUUGUUUUGUUUACCUGUUUUUUGUUUGUUUGUUUUUUGUUUUUUUUGGUUACUUUUAUCGUUUUUUGUUUUGUUUUUCAUUUUCUUUUGUUUCUGUCUUUUGGUUUUCAUCUUUACUGUUGGUGUUUUUUUUCUCUGAUUACUCUCAUAUAAACUGAGUUUAACUGACCAACACUGACCCAAAUCUCCCCUGCAACCUUUACCACUUCUCUCUCUCCCUCUUUUCCCCUCUUCUUUUUCUCUCUGCUCUUGGACGACGUACAAAGUAGAGUGUAAUCCUACCCUAUUCCUCUGUACUUUUUGUUGCAGGAUUCAGUUUCACAGUGGUAUAUUUUUUUAAGAGUAGGCUCAGAGGUCUAAUUGUGACUGGUUAGAGUAAGGACUGGAUUUCUCUCUGGGGUUUGUAUGUGGUGGAGUCUCAUUCCAGUGUCAGAUUUAAUCCCACACACACACACACACACACAUUCCUGUGUCAGAUUUAUUUUGUCAGUGCUGAUUCGGCUGGCUGACCCUCCGUCUGGAUGGAGGUGUUACAGAGAGCAGAUUGAUAAAAAGGGCAAAAUAUCAGAGAGGCAUAAACACACACACACACCAAACACAUGGACUGAGCGUGUAUACUGAGUGUGUGUGUGUGUGUUUAUAGGAGAAACAGUGAAUCUCAGUGUUGAUCUGAGAAUCUUGAUACUGUGUGUGCGGCACAACCGAACGUACAUUACAUGUCUGGAUUGGUCAUGAGGAGCCAGCAACAGCAUCAUAUGUCACUUUCAUUAUUGACUCAAAUUUCCUAGCUUUUUUCCUCUCUCCCCUCCUCCUCUUUCAUUCUCAGCCUUUUCACUUCUCCCCUCUUACCCCACCUCAGAGUAAAAAAUAAACAAUUUAAUCGUUAGAUGAAUCUUAAAUAAGAACAUAAGACACACUGUAAGAUAUAAAGUCACAAUUAUAGGAAAUAUAGUUGCAACUAUGAGAAAUAUUCUCACUGUGACAUAGUUGACAAGACAAAGUUGCAAUUAUGAAAUAAAAUGUCUCAACUGCAAGAAAAAAGUCUGCUUUGUAAGAUAUACAGUAGCAAUUUUGCCAAAUCAAAGCAGAAAUGGUGAAACAGUCACAGUAUGAGAUUUAAAUCUACAAUUGGGAAACAAGUCACAUUUUUUUAAACUCUGAUAUCCAGAUGUUCUGUUAAAUUUGUCACUCUGACCUAUACAAUUUUAUUCCCAUUUUCAAACUUACUUCCUUUAUAACAGUUUACUCUUAAAAGCAGCAGUAACAGCUUGUUUUUGUUGAUUAAAAGGGUGUUUGAAGGACAAUUUAAAGUCAUGUCAUACUAUAAUCACUUCCUAUGGCUGCACACACCACCCAAACACCCAUUACACAUCUCACAGACAUGAAAUAUGAUUUUUUUUCACUUGCCUGUGUAUGUGUAUAUGUGUGUGUGCUUGUGUGACCUUGCUGUUGUAACCGGAGCAGCACAGACUGGGCUGGGACAGAUAUAGCCCUGAAACCCAACACUGUUGUAGUGUCUGCGGUCCCACGCAGACAAGACAAUGACACCAGCAAAAAAAAUCGUGUGUGUGUGUGUGUGUGGGACAUAGCAGAUGAAGCUGUCCUUGACAACAACAGAGAGACACUGUGUAUGUAUGUGUACAUUGUAUGGGAGACAUAGUCAUUGCACUUAUGGUAAACACUGUAAAACUGUGUGUCAGCUAUUAUAAAUGGCCACA